CGCACUGGAGCUCACUGGAAGCCAUGUUAAAGUUACAGUCAAGUACUGAGAGUGAGAUUCCCUUCUGACGCCGUAUGUUUAUUUUUUCCCCGUUUUUCUCUUUUCGUCCGUGUCAGGGCCCCCAGCAAACCUAUCAUUGAUAGUCAGAAGCCGGAGUCCUCACGAUGAACUCUAGUUUCGAUCUAUCCAGGCGAAAUCCGCAAGAGGAUUUCGAGCUUAUCCAGAGGAUAGGCAGCGGGACCUACGGGGAUGUUUACAAGGCCCGUAAUGUUACUACAGGAGAGCUGGCUGCUAUCAAGGUCAUUAAACUGGAGCCAGGCGAGGACUUCGCAGUGGUGCAGCAGGAAAUAAUUAUGAUGAAAGACUGCAAGCACUCUAACAUUGUGGCCUAUUUCGGUAGUUACUUAAGGAGGGAUAAAUUAUGGAUAUGUAUGGAAUACUGUGGGGGAGGUUCACUGCAAGACAUAUAUCACGUUACUGGGCCGCUAACAGAAUCACAGAUAGCAUAUGUAACAAGAGAAACCCUUCAGGGUUUAUAUUACCUACAUAACAAAGGAAAGAUGCACAGAGACAUAAAGGGUGCCAAUAUUUUAUUGACGGACAAUGGUUACGUCAAGUUAGCUGAUUUUGGUGUGUCUGCACAGAUCACGGCAACUCUAGCUAAAAGAAAAUCCUUCAUUGGGACUCCUUAUUGGAUGGCUCCAGAGGUGGCUGCCGUGGAGAGGAAAGGAGGAUACAAUCACCUGUGUGACAUCUGGGCUGUGGGCAUCACCGCCAUUGAACUAGCCGAACUGCAGCCUCCCAUGUUUGACCUUCAUCCAAUGAGGGCUCUGUUUCUGAUGACGAAAAGCAACUUUCAACCGCCCAAAUUAAAAGACAAAGUUAAAUGGACCAAUAAUUUCCACACUUUUGUGAAGCUGGCUUUAACAAAAAGUCCAAAGAAACGGCAAUCAGCUGACAAGUUAUUGCAGCAUCCCUUUGUGUCCCAGCCGUUGAGUCGUAUUUUGGCGAUCGAGCUGCUGGAUAAAGCGAACAACCCCGACCACUCAUCUUACACAGACCUGGACGAUGACGACCCAGAGCCGGAGUUUAAAUACAGAGGGUUGUUUUUACCAGUCUCUCCUCUCUCCCGGAGAGUCCUUCGCUUUGCAGCUCGCAGAAAGCCUCCAGUGUCUGUUCCACAUCGGAUUCGCUCAACAAGCCGUACCAGUCGGGAAGGGAAGACUCUGUCAGAGAUUAACUUCGGUCAGGUGAAGUUUGACCCUCCUUUAACAACGGAGACAAAACCGCAUCAUGAACCGCCCGACACUGACGAUUUUUUGGACUGUGCCGAGGAAAUAUACUACACUGCAAGAUCUAAUCUGGAUUUACAGAUGGAUUAUGAGCAGGGAUCCCCUAAAGGCUCCAUCCUUGGAGGAAAUAAGAGCCUCUUAAAAUCUGUUGAAGAGGAGCUGCAUCAGAGGGGGCAUGAGGCUCAUUUGGAGGAUGAUGAUGAGGGUGAAGAUGAUGGUGAUGAUCAUGAUCAUGAUGAUGAAUUGCAACACACAAAAAACUCCACCAUGAGGCCUAAGGUCCCACCACCACUUCCUCCCAAACCAAAGCCCAGUCCCGGACCGCAUCAAAGCCCCUCCGUCGAUCAUGACGGUAACCAGGGCACUAUAAAGCGCUGCCCGGAGCCUGAAAGCCCGGCUCGAUCAUCCACCAACGUACCCCCUCGACCUCCACCUCCUCGACUGCCCGCAAACAAGCUCAGCAGUUUAGGCAAUGGAAUUAGCUCAUCUGAACACUCGCCUUCAACAGAGAGACAGUCCACAAUGCCCCCUGCUGUUCCUACACCAAAGGACAAGAAAGAUUUUCCAAAACCCAUCAGCAAUGGUCUCCCACCCACUCCAAAGGUUCAUAUGGGAGCAUGUUUCUCUAAAGUCUUCAAUGGCUGCCCAUUAAAAAUACACUGCGCUACCUCAUGGAUCAACCCAGACACACGAGACCAGUAUCUCAUAUUUGGAGCAGAGGAAGGCAUUUACACAUUAAACCUUAACGAGCUGCACGAGACGUCCAUGGAACAGCUUUUCCCCAGGAGAUGUACUUGGCUCUAUGUUAUGAGCAACAGCCUGCUAUCAAUAUCCGGAAAAGCUUGUCAUCUGUACUCUCACAGUCUGACGGGUCUAUUUGAACAUGCUCGACAAAUGCAAAAACUCCCUGUUGCCAUACCAACACAUAAAUUGCCUGACAAAAUAAUCCCCAGGAAAUUCUCAGUGUCCACGAAGAUCCCUGAAACAAAAGGGUGUCAAAAGUGCUGUGUAGUGAGGAAUCCAUAUACUGGUCACAAGUACCUGUGCGGUGCGUUUCAGUCCAGUGUUGUUCUGUUUGAGUGGGUGGAGCCCAUGCAGAAAUUCAUGUUGGUCAAGAGCAUAGACUUCCCCCUGCCGUGCCCGCUGGAGGUGUUUGAGAUGCUGGUGGUUCCUGAACAUCAGUAUCCUCUCAUCUGCAUAGCCGUGAGCAAAGGGACGGAGCUCAACCAGGUGGUGCGGUUUGAGACCCUCAACCCCAACUCUACCUCCAACUGGUUUGAUUCUGACACCCCACAGAGCUGCGUGAUCCAUGUGACCCAGCUGGAGAGAGAUACAAUUUUAGUCUGCUUAGAUCGGUGCAUUAAGAUUGUAAAUUUGCAAGGUCGGUUGAAGUCCAGUCGAAAACUUUCAGCAGAACUGACUUUUAACUUCCAGAUUGAAUCAAUAGUUUGCCUUCAAGACAGUGUGUUGGCCUUCUGGAGGCAUGGCAUGCAAGGACGCAGCUUCAAGUCCAAUGAGAUUACACAGGAGAUUUCCGACAGCUCCAGGAUAUUCAGGCUGCUAGGUUCAGACAGGGUGGUGGUUUUGGAAAGCCGACCGACAGACAACCCCACAGCACACAGCAAUCUCUACAUCCUCGCUGGCCACGAAAACAGCUACUGACCGCAAUGCAUCAUGGGACAAAAACACUACAUGUAUGCAACGUUCCGAGAGCCUUUAGUUUCAUGUGGCCCGAUGAGAUGGCCACCUCUCAGAAGAAGCGCAGACAUACUGUUGUUGAGCCGCUGAGAGCACGAAGGAACGCUAGAAUGGAUAUAAAGGUCUCAGAGUAGAGAAAAGCUGGCCGUCACCACAGUAUGCACUUUCACCCUUACCUGCUUCAGAGGCCUUGUUUUGGUUUGGCUUCUAGCAGUUUUAAUUUAUUUUUUUACCCGAAAGACACACACAAUCACAUACUCUUUCUUUUUUUUUUUGUCUCCCCCGAGCAAGACUUUUUUUUGUUUUGUUUUUGGCCACUGCUCACAUUUGACGCUAACCACACAAGUGCUUGAAGACACGUAUUUAAUUCAUGUACAUACAGACGUAGUAUUGUUGAGUCAUAAUCUUUGUAUUGGUUGUGUAGAUAUCAGCACAUUUAUGUUGUACAGGUUUGUGGCAGCGUUGGCUGUUGUAAAGGACUGUGAGAUGCUGGGUACUACUUUAAAUGACCUCUAGGGCCAGAUAAUUUUUUUUUAUAUGCAAUAGUUUAGGAAUCACAAAGCUGAAGUGCCCAUCUUUCCAAGACUUGCCUUCUUAACAUUGCUGUUUUUAUUUUAUUUUUUUGUUUUGUUUUUAUUGUACAACCUAAUCUUUUUAUAUAAAGCCGAAUGGUGUUUUUAUUGAGCAACUUUUAAUUCAGUGGCCCUUAUAAUUGUUUUUAACUCUGUGGUAUGCGCUCACUCAAUUUGCACAAGGUUAUUAAAAUGUUGAUGUGUACUGUAUAUGUAAGUGUAUGUUUAAAACCAUGCCGAUAAUAACAUAUAGAUAUAUACACUUUUUUUCUAAAUGUGUAUACGUGUAUAAUCCUAAUAAGCAAUAAAUCAUUUGGAUGUUCUUUUGUGGUUUUAAAUCAAUCAGACUGCGAGGCUGAUGUUACACGGGUCAACUUAGCUUGCCCCGUAAAUCAUUAGCAUAAGACUGAGUUCACAGGUUUGUUAUGUGGAUGAGUUGUUUGUUUGUGAUUUGAGUGCUGUACACUGUUUAGCAGAUUAUGUUGGGAUUUUUAAAUUGCUGUGAACGGUGUAAACUUGUUGAGACUAACAUGGACUGGCAUUAAAUCGCUCUUUUAGAACGGUCGUUAAAGAGUAAAGGAAGUUCCAUCAUAAGAAAAGGACAUCCCUAAUUUCUCUAGUUUUUUUUGUCCGUGAUUGUAAUACGGUUAUUCAAUCAAUUUUCGUUUUGUGUCUAUGUACAUACUGUAAAAUAAAAUCACAUGGUUUUACAUACUGA